AUGUCCCCCCUCCACCACGGGCGCAUGUGUCCCCCCACCACGGCGCAUGUCCCCUCACCACGGCGCAUGUCCCUCCACCACCACGGUGCAUGUGUCCCCCACCACGGCGCAUGUCUCCCCACCACGGCGCGCAUGUCCCCCACCACGGUGCAAUGCCCCCCACCACGGCGCAUGUGCUCCCCCCACCACGGCGCAUGUCCCCCACCACGGCGUCACGGCGUAUGUCCCCUACCACGGCGCAUGUCCCCUCCCACCACGGCGCAUGUGCCCCCACCACGGCGCAUGUGCCCCCCACCACGGCGCAUGUCCCCCACCACGGCGUAUGUCGUCCCCCCCACCACGGCGCAUGUCGCUCCCCACCACGGCGUAGUGUCCUCCCACCACGGCGCAUGUCCCCCCCACCACGGCGCAUGUCCCCACCACGCGUCGUCCCCCACCACGGCGCAUGUGCCCCCCCACCACGGUGCGAUGUGCUCCUCCCCCACCACGGCGCAUGUGCUCCCCACCACGGCGCAUGUCGUCCCCCACCACGGCGCAUGUCCCCCCACCACGGCGCAUGUGUCCCCACCACCAUCCCACCACGGCGCAUGUCCCCUCUCCACCACGGCGCAUGUGUCUCCCCACCACGGCGAGUCUCCCACCACGGCGCAUGUCCCCCACCACGGGCGCAUGUCCCCCCCACCACGGCGCAUGUCCUCCCCACCACGGCGCAUGUGCCUCCCCACGCAUGUCUCCACCACGGCGUAUGUCCCCUCCACCACGGCGCAUGUCCCCCUACCACGGCGCAUGUCCCCACCCACCACGGCGCAUGUCCCCCCCACCACGGCAUGUCCCCCACCACGGUGCAUGUUCCCCCACCACCACGGCGCAUGUGUCCCCCACCACGGCAUGUCCCCCACCACGGCGCAUGUCCCCACCCACCACGGCGCAUGCUCCCCCCCACCACGGCGCAUGUCCCCACCCAACGGCGUAUGUCUCCCCACCACCACGGGCGCAUGUUCCCCACCCACCACGGCGUAUGUCCCCCACCCACCACGGCGCAUGUCGUCCCCCCACCACGGCGCAUGUCGCUCCCCCCACCACGGCGCAUGUCCCACCCACCACGGCGAUGCGUCCCACCACGCGCAUGUCCCCACCCACCACGGCGCAUGUCGCUCCCCACCCACGGCGCAUGUCGUCCCCACCCACCACGGCGCAUGUCCCCACCCCUACCACGGCGCAUGUACUAGCCUCUCCCCUCACCACCACGCGUAUGUGGGUCCCCCCACCACGGCGCAUGUGUCCCUCCACCACCACCACGGCGUAUGUGUCUCCCCCACCACGGCGUAUGGUCCCCCCACCACGGCGCAUGUCGCCUCCCCACCACGCGGCGUAUGUGUCCCGCCCACCACGGCGCAUGUCCUCACCACCACGGGCGUAUGUGUCCCCCCCCACCACGGGCGUAUGUCGAUCCCCCCACCCACGGCGCAUGUCGCCCACCUCCACCACGGCGCAUGUCCCCCCCACCACGGCGCAUGGUCCCUCACCACGGCGUCAUGUCGUCCCCACCACCACGGGCGCAUGUCCCUCCACCCACCACGGUGUAUGUGUCCCCCACCACGGCGCAUGUCCCCCACCACCACGGGCGCAUGUCCUCCCACCCACCACGGGCGUAUGUCGUCCCCCCACCACGGCGCAUGUCCCUCCACUCCCCACCACGGCGCAUGUCCCCCACCACCACGGCGCGCAUGUCCCUCCACCACCACCACGGCGCAUGUCCCCACCCCGCCACCACGGUGGCGCAUGUCCCGCCUCUCCCACCACCCGGC